CACUCAAUGCCAGCUCAGGAACAUGGUGAUUGUAAUAACAUCUGGAGUGGCACUUGUAGUUCACAUAUUUGUGAAUUUUGGCUUUUUAUGUUCGUUCUCAAACUUGGAGUUAGCGGGGCAUGGUGGUUCAAUGCACUCAUCUUAUUUACUAACACCACUUGUGGUGGUUGUCCGCUCACUUGGACCAGUUUCUCCAUCGAAGCUUUCACAGGACUUUGGGAAUUCGGAUAAAAAAAUUGAUGUCGUCUCCCUGUCUAUAUGCAUGUCGAUACAUGGACUGGAGCUGAUGAUUCCAAUUGCUUUACUGCCCGGGACCGGGGAUAGCCAUUCUUUCGUAUCAUGACAACCUCGAGCAUGAAAUAUAACACCCUCCGUUAUCGUUUAAAUCCCGAUCACCUUGCCGGCAAAGAGAAACUCAGUUGGAUGUGAUGAAUGAGAGAACAAUGACAAUCCAAUGGAUCAAUUUACUGUGAUUAGAAUUGUAAACUUGCUUUUGGCACAUGGUUUUUCAAAAGAUUUGGCUACAGCCUUGGCAUGAGGAACUUCACGACUAUGUAUUUCACGCUCCAUCCAUGUCACACUCAGAUAGAAUAUGUUGUACAUGUAACCACAAAUCAAAGGGUGAGUUUUAAAAAAGUCUAGUAGA